AUGUCGAUAGCAAACAAAAAAUGUGUACAAUCCAAGCAAGAUGAGAAACCUUCUCAAUGCACGAUGUUACUUGAUGUAUCACCUAGAUUCCAAUGGGACCAUGGAAAUGGUUACUGUGGUGAAGUAUCUCUUCAAUGUAUUGGACUUUACUAUGGUGCUUGGAUUUCUCAAGGUCUCAUUCGUGACCUCAAUAGAGGUGAAUUUCUUUUGCAACGAAUGCCAUCCAAUGAUAAACGUGAUCCACUUCGUACUAUUAGUUUACUUCAUUUCAAAUAUGAUGAAUGGGAUUGGAAGAAUUCACACUCGGCACAAUAUCGAGACUUUUGUCGUUGGAUGAAACUAUCUCUUCUGCGAAAACAUCCAAUCAUGUUUGGAAUCUUUCUUCCAGAUGAUGAUUGCGACGAUUAUGAUCAUAUCGUACCAGCAAUUGGUAUUCGAUACAGAUAUCCCAAUGAAUAUGAUCCAGAUGAUACACUAAUCUAUUAUGACCUUUAUUCAUCAAGAGCAUUUGAAAAAUGUUUAAGUGAAGAAACCAUGGCAUCCACCAGGGCAGAGAUGUCAACAAACACACAUAUUCGUGAUGAACGUAUACCGUUAAUUACUGAUUAUGGCAUUGCAAUAACAGGAGUGAUGGAUAAAGAUCGCGUAACACUUCCUGUUCACCUAGCAGUAUCAGCAAGAGAUGAACCAGAUCCAGUACUUAAUGCGAAGUCGCGAGAGAUGGAUGGCACUGUUACAGUGAACAAUUUGACAAUAGGAAGUACUUAUGUUCUUCUUCGUUAUGCUUCCUACAAGUUUACUCCCAUAGAAGGAGAUGCUAACGAUUUCAUUAAUUCAGGUUUCGAUGUUAAACAUGAGUUCAUCGCAGACAACAGCACAUACGUUUAUAAAGACCCAAAAAAGAUACCAUCGAAAGGAUCGGUUUAUUAUCGAUGUGUUUUAAAGCCUGAUGUUGUCCAAAAUUCAUGAACAUGCUAUGGUCUGAGCAGUGAUUAUCAAGCAGCACUGAAACAUUUCAAGAAAGCACUUAAAAUCCAGCGCCAUCGAAAGAAAUCAUUGGCAUCGAUUUGCCAAUCGCUAGGUGACACCUACAAACAUCUUAAGAAGCAAAAAUCAGCAUCGAAAUACUAUCGACUGGGUAUCCAUAGUCUUGAUGAAAAAGAUGAAGCUCACCGAACUGUUGAUGAACACGUACAUCUGUGCCAGUUAUACAGAAAACUCGGCAUUGUUGAAUGUCAAAUGAAUCACUUCACUAAAGCCAUGGCAAAUCUACAACAAUCAUUGAAUAUAUAUGAGAAAUUUCUAACGAAUGACAAUCAAUAUGAUGAAAUUGUGCAAGAUAUACUAGAGUCAACAGCUAAAGUUCAUGAAGCAACAGAAAAUAUGUCUUUGGCUGAAGAAUAUCGAAAAAGGAAAACAGUUACUGAAAAUACAUGA